CACAUGUGGCCAUCUGAUCACAUUGUUGAACGAGUUCAGAGGGAAAGUAGCGGAACUGCUUAAGCUGCAACAGUUUGUAUAAUUAGAAGAGGAUUAGCCUUAUAUACUAAGAUACAAUGAAACCAGGAUUCAGUCCGAGAGGUGGUGGCGGCGGUUUUAGAGGGGGCUUCGGGGGCAGAGGCCGUGGAGGAGGAGACCGGGGUGGAAGAGGAGGAGACCGGGGUGGAAGAGGAGGAUUCCGUGGAGGUCGAGGUGGUGGUGGAGGGUUCAGAUCCCCUGAUGGUGGCAGUGGUGAAGGGGGCUUCCGUGGGCGAGGGUUCGGCCGUGGGACUCCCAGAGGCCGUGGAGGAAGAGGAGCAGGAGGGGGACGAGGAGGAUUCAGGGGGGGCAGAAGGGUGACUGUAGAGCCUCACAGACAUGAAGGAGUUUUUAUCUGCCGCGGUAAGGAAGACGCCCUGGUCACAAAGAACAUGGUGAUUGGAGAGUCUGUGUAUGGAGAGAAAAGAGUAAGCGUUGAGGAAGGAGAAACAAAGAUUGAGUACAGAGCAUGGAACCCUUUCCGCUCAAAGCUGGCUGCAGCAAUUUUAGGAGGUAUAGACCAGAUACACAUCAAGCCAGGAGCAAAAGUCAUGUACUUGGGAGCCGCAUCAGGGACUACUGUAUCCCACGUCUCUGAUAUUGUUGGGCCGGAUGGGCUGGUGUACGCUGUCGAGUUCUCCCACAGAUCAGGCAGAGACUUGCUGAAUGUGGCAAAGAAAAGAACCAACAUUAUUCCCAUCAUUGAAGAUGCACGACACCCACACAAGUAUCGCAUGCUUGUUGGUAUGGUGGAUGUCAUCUUUGCUGAUGUUGCUCAGCCUGACCAAACCAGAAUUGUUGCCCUGAAUGCACACAACUUUCUGAAGAAUGGAGGCCAUUUCGUAAUUUCCAUUAAGGCAAACUGCAUUGAUUCAACAGCAGCACCGGAGGCAGUGUUUGCAUCGGAGGUUAAGAAGAUGAGUGCAGAGAACAUGAAACCCCAGGAGCAGCUGACACUUGAGCCAUAUGAGAGAGACCAUGCAGUUGUUGUGGGAAUAUACAGACCAGCACCCAAGCAAAAGAAAUGAGGGGCUCCUGUGAGAUCUUGCAUCACUAUUCUCGUCCUCCUUUGCUCCUGAAAUUAUUGCUUCUGCCACUAGAUGGACCCACAGUUUGCAGAUAACAAAAAAAAAGACUGAUAUAACUUAACCAUUGUCCUGUUUCCACUGGGAAAAGAAGACAUCCCACUUUAACUCGUGAGCAAGGACGACAUGCUUAAUGGAGAGCUACUGUUUUUUAUGAUCAUCCUCAGCUAUGUAAUAUACUGUACUGUGAGGUGAAGUUAAUUUUUUGCUUGUAAGAUCUGAUUACUGGUGUUAACUAAAUCAAGUGUUUUUCAAAGCAUACUUUUGUCAAUGAGACAAAUAAGGCUCUUAUGGAAUUGUAAGAUUUCUAUUUGUCUUAGACUAAAUUUGUGCAUAUUUUCAUUUAUUGUUACAAUUUUCUUUUAUGAAUAUUUUUAGUAAAAACAAAAUUACUAAUUGAA